CAAUAAUGAAAUUAGUUUAAGAGAAGUGCUCGCCAGAGAAGCACUGGAGCCGGCGUGUCUUGCGAACGGGGUCUCGUCUUUUUUCCUUUAGCUGGUUAUUUCCCGCUGUGGCGUGGCGUUCCAGGCAGCAAACAGUGCGCAGAAGCGCAACAGCAAACGGCGCAACCGUCCACCGAAAUAGGAGAAAGGAGGCUGUGGUGGUUUCGUGUCGAUUUUCGAGAAAAACACUUUGCUGCUGUCCCCGCGCUCGGAAAAGUGCGCCUCUGGGAGUUUAACGAAAACAGGGAGGGGAGAAAAACACCCCGAAAAGGAAAACUGUGGAAACACCGGCCGAGACACGGCAGCCCGUAUUUCGUCGCCUGUCGAUUCAAGCAUAGUCCUGCGCGUUAAGAUUGUCCCUACGAUUCGACAAGUGACAGCCUGACUCGAUCCCAGCCCGAUCAGCCAUUAGUGCUCCAGUUUGCAACGCGAUCGUAAGAAAGAAAACGGCAGGAGAGCACAAAACAAGGCAAAGCGCGGAAAAAGAUCUACAAGUGUGUCUGUGCGUAGGAAACGAAUUUCAAACGAUUCCUUAUAUUGCGUUCGCUGCUGGAUGCAAGGAAUUUUCAUUUAGUGGCUAUCGCGCGUGUGUGUAUACUUGUGUGUGUGCUUUUGUGUGCAGAUUGUGCCUGACGCGGGAGUUUGUGUGUGUGUGCAGACUGUGCACCUGAAGCGAAAUUGUGUCGAAUAUUUGCAGAAAAAUAUCUCUGCCGUCCGUUCGAAAGUGAUCGAACAGAAAGCGGCCACGUGUCUGUGUGUUUGUGUCUGUGUGUGUGUGUGUGUAUGUGCUGAAACUCCGGUGAAACAAGCGCAGCGCCCCAACCCGUUUCUGCUAACGAUAACGGAAAAUAGAAGGGCUUUUUUUCUGAACGACAGAAAAAGAGCUUUGCUUCGUGCGUGCUGGUGUGCUUCUUUCUAUGGCUCGACCGAUAGGAGCGUAGAGUGUUGUAGCGUCUGCGUGCUUUAGCAAGUACCCGUGUUGUUUCACAACUUUAUACCGCCUUAAAAACCGAACACACUCACAACACAACAUCCACGAUGGAGUUCAAAUUUGGAAUGCUCUGGAUCGUCAGCUGUAUUUUGCUGCUUAAUCAAGGAAAUGUAUUCGCACAGACAAAACGCUCGUUCCGUACGAGCGCAGCCCAGGGCCGGGCCCUCGGUUCCAACCCGCGACAGUCGACCUCGUCCAGCGUGGACUUCGAGUGUCCGGAAGAAUUCGGCUACUAUCCGCACCCGAGCGACUGCUCGCAGUACUACGUGUGCGUGUUCGGCGGUGCGCUGCUGGAAAGCUGUACCGGCGGGCUGAUGUACAGCCACGAGCUGCAGACCUGCGACUGGCCACGCAACGUUGGCUGUGAUCUGCCCGCGCUGAGUGCCCCUUCGGCACCGGCCAGCCGCACAGUGACGCCCCGCGUCCCACAGGUGCUGAGCAGAGUGCGCUUCUCGUCCUCGGCUCCGUCAGCGCCGUCCGGUCCAUCGGGACCAUCGGGCCCAUCGGGCCCGUCGGGACCGUCGGGACCUUCGGGACCCUCAGGACCGGCUGAACCGUCCGCACCGGCACGCAUUCAGCAGAUUCGCAAUCUGCCCCCACCGCCACCACCGCCGGCCAAUCCGAACCCCGUGAUUACCACCCGUGGACAGCCGAAGAACUCACCGCAGGAAGAUAUCGCGAAGCUCUACGCCGAAGCACACGAAACACUGCCGCCAGUAGAGGAAGACGAAUCGGAUCGUCAGCAGCGUGUCUACCGUGGACAGCCCAGCACGGUGUCGCAGGUGCAGCGCGAUCGUGACGGCAUCCUGCAGCAGCAGAGUGUUAACGCUAUACCGACUCAGGCUAAAGUAGGUUCCUUCGCGUACAGUGCUCAACCUCAGCCGUUCAGUGUUGACCAUGAUGACGCGUCACUGCAAACGCUAGACGACACGCACGACGCCAAAGCUCAUGAUCGCAAGAAGCGCGACACGGCCGCGGCCCAAACCAAGACUGAUAGCGAAACAGACACCGCCCCUACCUCACUGGUGACACAGAUAGACCCAACGGCCACGGUGUCCCUUGCCGAAGAUGACACAUCUGCGACCAAAACCAAACGCUCCAACGCGGACGAAGCAUCUCUUGCGCCUGAAAACUCUCCCGACAGUUUAGCCGGCAGUUCGGAAGGCCAGCGGACCUCACGCCAACUUCGUCAGCUAGGCAACUGGCAGUAUCGUUCCCUAGACACGUCCCUGUCCCGUCAAAACGGCUACUCGCCCAGCAGUUUUGAUCCGUUCGGGUACACCGUACUGCCAACGGCGACGACCUACUUCAAGCCAGGCGCACGCUACUUCCAACCACAAACCUACAGCAAAAAGGAACUGACCUACAACGACUAUCUGGAGGCGUACGGCAAGAGCAAACAGCCGACCUACAACGUUCGGCCAGCUGAGCUGCAGCCGCACAAAACGUCUGGCCUACAGAACUACAAAACGGUUGCCAAGAUUACGCCCCAGGAUACGAUCAUUCCGCUGCUGCUCGCAAACCAGCAGCAACAAUCUCAUCGAUCGCACCAACCGAACUACGGACAGGCUCAGUUCACAGCGGCCGCUUUUGUUAACAGCCACAACGCCAAGAAGUACACGACGCCGGCUUCUCCACUCGAUGGAGACGAAGAAACGAUCCCGGACAACUUUGCGUUCUUCCACUUCGGAAAUACUUACUCCUCUACGCCGAUCUCCGUGAACAAUCAUGCCAAAGCGGCGAAACAGUCCAAACCCUCCAGCGUACAGAUCUCAAACGUAGCGCAACCGACACAGAAAACUCCUUACAUUGCAUUCAGCUCGGUUGGUGGAUUUUUCAACAAUCAACCAACGGCAAACCCGCUCAAAGAGAGCUUUGUCUUGAAACCAAAUCACUCGUCGAAACCGAAACAGACCCACUCGGGGUCUUCCGGAGGCCCUAGCACUCCGGCACCCGUGUACGAGGGUAUCUCUAAUGCGAUCCAAUCGAAUGGACUUCGGUUCGCUGUGACUACGCCCAAGAUUGUAGCCGGGACGGGACUGGAGCUCUAUCAACCGAACGUGUAUCUUAAUGCUCCACGGCCACAGGUUUACAGUGGCUACAGCGCCAAGCCUGCAGGUGCUAUCUACGAGGCGUCAACACCGAAACCAAGUGCACAGUUUGUUACCAAGUCGACGAAUGGCUUUCAACCGAUCGCUGUAUCAACCACACCGAAGUACUAUCAGCCGCAGGUCUCCAAAACGGUAAGCCCAAGCGAGUACAGCAAAUUCUACGAAUCCAUCAAGAACACACACAUUGCUCAGGUGAAACCCAAUGCGGAGCCUUCACCACCGGUACGAAUUGGUGCUAGUCAGCUAGCUGUCUAUCGUCCGACCGUUUCGAACAACACCAAGCUACAGCCCGUUUCGCAGGGUUAUGGCCCUCAGCAAGUGUUCUACAGCCCGGUGCGAUCGUCUUCACUCAGCCCGGUGUCAAAGCCGCAAGAUUCGGGUGAGUUCUACUACGAAGAAGAUGAUGAGAUUGAUCAGCGCGGACAGAAGUAUGUGAAAAACACACUAGACGUCGUGCGACGCCCAGUGUACGGUAAACGUCCAUACGGAGAUGAGGAAGAGGACGAAGAUGAGUACUACGAGGACGAUGAGGAUGAUGAUGAUGAGUAUCAGUAUCGCUACCCGGUGAACAAGUCCAAGUACACUCCGAUGACGGAAACGAUGGCACCUCGUCCAAUGCUCAACCUUACCACGCCGAAACCUCCCGGUGCAGUCUCAGGCAAUCUGUACUACAACUACGAAACCACUACCUGGCGUCCAGUGACCGUGACGACGUACUCUCAGGGGUCCACCUCGGACAUACCGCCCAUUAUCAAAUUCCCCGAGGAUGUAUUCCAGGGCAUUAAACCUCUUGGUGAUGUGCCGCGUUACCUGAACAAGUCCACCCUACGCCCUUACACCGUCCGACAAAGGCUACGACCCACCGUUGUGCAGCACAACCAUCUCGAAGAAAACGUCCCCAGUGAGCGGGUUCGCAUUAGCACGACGACUAGUACCACGACUACCACCACGACAAGACCACCUCCGACUACCACCACCACACCACGCUACUAUCCAACCACGGUGCGUACACGCAUCCCGACCAAGACGAUCCCAACCCGCCGACCGGUGACCACGACGACCACGUCCGAACCACCACCACCACCGACGACCACCACCCAGACGACGUCGCGCAAACGGUACACGAUCCGACCGAAUCGUGGCCAGCAGCGCUGGCGCACUACCGAGACACCGGAACCAAGUACGGGACUCAACGGCCGACAGGCCAGCCCGACCCGACCGACCAAACAUCGACCGCAACUGGAGCUCGAUGAACGCCUACCGAACAGAGUGGAAACAUCGUCGCCAGCACCACCGAGCCGAUACGUGCCCGAGCAACAGCAAUCACAGCAGCAGCAGCAACAGCAGCAGAAGACGCAGCUCACGCAAAGCAACAGAAAUUACUACAACACCAGCAACUAUGAACCAUCUGCGUACGAUUCGUACUACGCCGUCUACGACGAGGACGUUGAACUGUACCGAGAUGUUGAAUAUCAACCGCAGCCCCAGAAACCUGUCGUUUCGUCCACCUACCGUCCGACAGUGGUCACCACCGUUGCUCCCACUUCUCAGCGAGAUCCGUACGUCACUUCUCCGCGCACUACCUACCAGAGACCUUCCUACCAGGCAGACUAUGACGAUGCUCUAGUGGCUCAGCUUGAAGAAGAUCGUUACAAUCAGAAGCAAACCAAUACACAGAUAAGAUCAUCACAAUUGGACGAUCAAAGUAUUAAAACAACACCCAAAUCAAUCAUAUUAACACUCGCAGCACGCGCGGGUUCCUCAUCGACCCCAGAGCCUCCCUCUCCCUUCCUUGUGUCCUUUGCGCCAUCCCCCCAGUCCCCCUAUGAGUCACCCCGGUACCGCAGUAGCACUAGCUCGGUUCCACGAUACAUCAAACCAUCAUCUACUACUACACCGUUACCCACAACCACUACCACCAUACCUACUAGUACAAGCACCACACUACCUCCCACAACCACGACCGUGACAUAUUCACCCUCCGCCGACACAUACCCACGGUUCCGUCCGUCCACUCAGUACGAUCAGCACGCACCGACCGGAAUCAAAUUCCAUCCCAUCCCGGACGAUCACUACUACGAUGACGAUAGUGACGCACCGGAAGACAGUGUCGAUCAGGUCGAGCACGGGUACGCGCAACUGUCCAAGACUCGGUACGACUACGGUUCACCGUCCCGUGUCACGCCCGACUCAUCGAACGAUCACUCCACGAAGCAGUUUAUCACGCAAAAGCUUCUGCCAGUGUUUUCACACCAAUACGCGUCCCAGUCCGAUCCUCGGUCGGCAUCGUCCGCUAAUGCUCAUGCGCUGACGUCCGACACGUACGGCGAGACUCCCUUUUCGUACGACACACGGCCGGACUUUUCUGCAUCCGGUGCUGCGGAACAGUUUGUCCCACUGACAAGCACCUUGCCACCAACUACUACCACAACUUCCACUAGGAAGCCAACAACAACGUCCACCACAACCACAACAACCACCAGGAGGCCUACAACGACCUCUACCACCACUACUACUACUACCACGAAAAAGCCCACUACAACUCCAGCCACUACUACCACUACCACAACAACCACCUCAACGACACGAGCUCCCCCUACCACUCAAGAAUCACAACGUCAAAAGUUGCAAAAGUUUAUCAUCUCCGAUGUGCAACCGUCUAGCUUCCGUAGUCCUUUCAGUACAACGGCUAAAGCCGUUCAGCCACUGCCCGACUAUGAUACCUACCUUUACCAUGAGUCCAUUCCGAGCAGUGUACGAUCACGCAAUCAGCACACGUUCCUGAAAGCCAUUGCGACAACACUUUCAGCGACCCAGUCCUCCACGAUCGCUACGACCACGCCUGAAGCUCCGAUCGUACGAUCAUUCACUACGAUAGGGUCGACUGCAGUAGCGCCUCUCGUCACAUACAGCCCAAGGCAAGAACAGGUCAACCUAAACAAAGCGGUUCGUUUGUCACAACCCGCUCAGACACGGGAAGAACAAAGACCCGUUCUGUCGACGUUUAGUUCCGACAGCAGGUCAGAGCAAAAGUUUAGCAGCAAUAGGUUCUACAACCUUACGCUGAGUGCCGGCUUUGUCGGUUUGCCGGGAUCUUCCCCGGGAGCCACUUAUCGGGGACGUGUUGAGAUGCCGAGAAAUCAAGAACCGGUGCCUAGGUAUACUUCUUUUACGCUUUCCGACGCUGUUACGAGUAGUGUGCGCCGGUUGCCCACUACCGUGUCGGAAGCUGUACCCGAAACCACUACACCCUUAACCACAGUUACAGUACCAAGUACUACGACUAGCACUACCACCACCACCACUACUACAGUAAGCCCCAUUUCAUUGGCCACCAGCAGUGGCCCUAGUAAUGUACGUUUCGUUUUAAGCUCUAGCCUAGCUACUACCGCCCGGCCUCGAGGAGUCGCCUUCUCGAGGAUCCCGGAUGAAAGUGUUGCUCUUUAUAAGAGCCGUGAUGUACCGACAGUGACGGCCCGGAUCGUUUCGACCCGACCACCGACUGUCGUCCCGACCGCUUCGAGCGAUUGGGUACCGCUAAUACAGGAGAAGAUCCUGUCCAGCCCCAAAACAAACACACUGCACGAGCAGGAAGAUCACGAGCGUGAAACAGACGAUCCGCUGCUUAGUGCGCGUGUGCCUGCAAACACGGAAGAGUCUAUUGUCGCUGGUACUACGAUCGCCUCGACACCACCAACUCGGUUCCCACCGAGAACCACUCUUGCGCCGUUCGGUACGCUGGAGGGUAGAAAAAAUGUUGAUAAAGUACAAACCGUUCCAACGCGUGCCGGUGUGGUGAAGGAAGCACCUAACAAAGCACUCGACCCGGUAACGAAUGCACCGACAAGGCCGGUUGUGUCACCGUACAAAAGUUUGGAGGUACAGCGUCAAACGACGUCCUCCGAUAAACCGUUCGCUUCCACGUCGAGAGUCAUCUCGAAUCUGUACCGUACGACCACACCCGAAAUACCGGCUGUCGGUGGUCCUACGGUGAGAAGCUAUCUGCAGCUAACUGCAGUGCCGAAGUUGGCGGCUAUUUUGCGUGAAGCAACGACGACGGUAGCUAGUACAACUACUACUAGCACCACUACCACCACGACGGUUGCUCCUCCGACAACAACUGUUAGCAGUACGAGUGAGGAACCUAGCACGACUCGUCGUACCAGUACGACCAGUACAUCCACUUCAGUACCAACGACUUCAUUUGCUAGUAGUAGUAGCUCGGAAGAGGUGAUCACCACCACUGCCAGCACGUUGCCUCGAUCAACAGAGGUGUAUCGUGGUCGGUAUCGUCCCGUGUUUAGCUUUGUACGAUCUUCGGAAUCGUACGAUGAGGUAACUACUCCACGGUAUCGCUAUCUGCGUAACCGUGGCCGUGAUUCUCCGCGACGCUCCUACACAAGGCUACGUCCAACGCCUCAAAGCUAUUCGCUAACUUCCAGCACCUUGGAGGAUGUGGAGAAAAUUUCGCCCGCUAGCAGUACCCUGACGCCUACAAGGGACAAUAGUGGAGCGGUCGAUAGUACAGUGCUAUCGAUUUCGACCGAGUAUAGCGAUCGAGCCGUAAGUUCAAGCUCAGCUUCGGCUGCUUACUUGAACCGUCUGCCAACGACCGAUCGUACCAAGUAUCAGUCCACUGAUCGUGAGCUCUCGAAAACGGCACACGUCAAGAGUCGCUACGAACAGUUCGAUUUUAAUCGUACCGAAGUUGAAGAUCGCGUACGUCAACCGGUAAUCUCCACUACGGGACAAUCUGGGAUUCGUAUUGUUCAGAUCACAGACAAACCGGUGUACUAUACCCGCUUCCAUUCGACCUCCACUGAAGAGAGUUCUUUUGCUGUCGCCAACAGCAGUCGACAGCCCGAAUCGACGACGAAAAAGUUCCGCGCCACGGUCGAGAUGCCGGAAAUGAACAUACCGACCGAGAAGGAGCUACUGUCCUACCACCAGGACAGUAGUGGCAACACGUCUGAAGAUGAGGAUCGUGACGAGGAAGAGGACGAUGAGGACGUGAUCGACGACGAUGACGAUGGUGAGCCCGCGGACGAAGACCUGGCUGACUACUCGUACCUGGAAACGUCCAGUGCGCCGUCUUCCACAUCGACCACGACGACGACUACGACCACUAGUAAGCCCGCACCGACAACCACGACCACGUCAACGACCACGACCACGACGACCACUACGCCACCGGCACCGACCACUAGUAGUACAACGACCCUAAGGAGCACCUUCAAGCCGAUGGCACGUGCCUCGAAACGGUACACGACGCCGCACUACGCAGCGGUCACGACCGAGCGCAAUGUCUACGCGGCUGUGCCAUCGCGCUUCUACCCAAGUACAACGCAACGAUCAAACCUGACGGCUGGUGCUGCCUAUCUGGAACCGCGGAACCCGGACCUCCCGUACCACGGUGCACGGGCAAGCACCCUUGCUCCUCUCGCUUCCUCCCCCAAUCCUUCUUCCUCCCCGUCCUCCCCGGAUGCCGUCAGUCUGCGGAUGCAGGAUGGCAAGGGUUACUACCAUCCGAGUAGUAGCCCCAGUAGCAGUAGUAGUUCGCUCCCUCCACCUUCCACCUCAUCCCCAGUCACUCCCACCACUACCAAUGCCACCACCACUAUCACCACAACCACCACCACCACCACAGUCCGCCCGCCAACGACGUACUCCGCAAACAAGCUCCCACCGCGCGCUUCCAGGGUCAAUAAUGCCAUAAAGACCACGAUCGCAGCCGCACAACUGCCACGCCGAUAUAGCAAACCGUCCGCAGCGGGAAAAAGUAUACAAUGUACAGAAAACUCACUGUCCGCCAAAUGCAACGAGAUUCCCUCGAGAGUUAGCAACAAUAACAGUAACAACAACCGCAACCGUGGCAGUUCGCAGUACGCGACCGAUGGACAAUCGACCGUUUCGGCCAACCGAGGAACGCACCCACCACGUGCACGACCAACGCUGAAGCCGUCGCAGAACAUCGUCUCGAAGGCGCAGGAGUUUAUCGACAUCUACCGCUACCCACCAACCCGUCCGGAGCCGCUAUACCCGCAGCCGACGCCCGACAAGACGGCCGCCAAGUGCCGCAAGGAUGUGUGCCUGCUGCCCGAUUGCUCCUGCGGCGGCAAGGAUGUGCCCGGCGAGCUGCCCGUUGAGCAGGUGCCGCAGAUCGUGCUGCUGACGUUCGACGAUUCCGUCAACGAUCUGAACAAGCAGCUGUACCAGGACCUGUUCGAGCGGGGACGCGUCAACCCGAACGGCUGCCCGAUCACGGCCACGUUCUACGUGUCGCACGAGUGGACCGAUUACAGCCAGGUGCAGAACCUGUACGCCGACGGACACGAGAUGGCAUCGCACACCGUUUCUCACAGCUUCGGUGAAUCGUUCUCGCCGAAGAAGUGGGCCCGCGAGGUUGCCGGCCAGCGCGAGAUCCUGUCCGCGUACGGUGGCGUCAAGCUGGAGGAUGUGCGCGGUAUGCGCGCACCGUUCCUGUCGAUCGGCGGCAACAAGAUGUUCAAGAUGCUGCACGACUUUAACUUCACGUACGACUCGUCGAUGCCGGUGUACGAGAACCGUCCGCCGAGCUGGCCGUACACGCUCGACUACAAGAUCUUCCACGAUUGUAUGAUUCCGCCGUGUCCAACCAAGAGCUAUCCAGGUGUUUGGGAAGUUCCUAUGGUGAUGUGGCAGGAUCUGAACGGUGGUCGCUGUUCGAUGGGUGACGCCUGCUCCAAUCCGCCCGAGGCCGAGGGCGUGUACAAGAUGAUCAUGAAGAACUUCGAGCGGCACUACACGACCAACCGGGCACCGUUCGGACUGUACUACCACGCAGCCUGGUUCACGCAGCCGCACCACAAGGAAGGAUUCAUACAGUUCCUGGACGCGAUCAACUCGAUGAAGGACGUGUUCAUCAUCACCAACUGGCAGGCACUGCAGUGGGUGCGCGACCCGACGCCACUGUCCCGCAUCAACUCGUUCACGCCCUUCCAGUGCAACUACGCGGGUCGUCCGAAGCGUUGCAACAACCCGAAGGUAUGCAAUCUGUGGCACAAGUCGGGCGUGCGCUACAUGCGCACCUGCCAGCCCUGCCCCGACAUCUACCCGUGGACCGGCAAGACGGGCAUCCGCUCGUCCCGCAUCGACAACGACAUCGAGGUGGCCGACACCAACUAAGUCAAACCAGCAGCGGUGUGAGCUCGGGAGAAGGGAAUGGAUGAGCGGGAAGGGAAGGAUGGGUAGCAGCGCCGCCACCGGUCAGAGAGCGUGUGGCAAACGUGCUGGCGGAAGGAUUUUUUUCUUUUGCAUUCAAAACGCUACAUCACAUGUUAGUUUAAAAGAAAACUAAUCGAACCGGCAAGAAACGGUCUCAGCUCACUUUCCGGCUGUCCGGCAGUCUGUGCUCCUUGCAAAACUCCCGCCAUCAAAGAAACGAAACGGCUCCCCUUCUUGAGCAGGCUCUUCCUAUACGGAAGGAUUGGCGCGGCUGUGUCCCUCUAAACACAUUCCUAUCCCUCUACUGCGAGCCAAGAGAACGCCAUUCUCGUCGGCUGUUGCACCGUGCACCGUGGUUUGUGUACGGCAACCAUUCUGAACCCAACUCAUCGUCCUAUAUUCACUGCAAGCCCUUUUUCAUACUUUCGGUAGAAGAAGCUACCGAAGACGUACACGUCUUGAUGUGUAUGUGUGAGUGUGCGCGUGUGUUGAAUUGAUGCCUGCCUUGGCUUAGACUAAUACUAAAUCUAGUGUAUGAUACUAUUUUAUUCUGCUAUAUAAAUUAUUAGAACUACAGACGACCUUUGCGUUAGGGAGGAGAGACUCUUUCGGAAGACACUUGGGGUGGGAAAGCGAUGACAAAAGAAGGAGAAACAUAAGUGUAUAGCUGUUUGGCAGAAAGCUUUGAAUGUAAAUAUUUUGGUCGUCCUGCAAAUUGGAAUGAAAAAGAGGGAACAAUGAAGCGGUAUUAGGCAACUAAAUUCAAAUGAAUAAUUUACUAAAUUUUAACACUUCCAACUGUCUUCCGCAAGCUGGACGAGCAAUACUCAUGCAAUAGCAGUAGCUGUUACUUUUGUUCUUUAUUAUUUUUUACCUUUUAUGGUUAGUUUCUCUCAUUUUUUUCUUUUCCUUCGCUCACUUUUAUUUACAUUACAUUUUGUCGAAUCGCACGUAAACGUUGCUGCACUGUACUGCAGUGAUGCAACUGAGAAUAUUAAAAAGAAAACAAUGGAAAAAGAAACGAAGCAAAACACUGAACGGUAACUGUGGAUAAGUGCACUGCCAUAAUGAGAAGAAAGCAUAAAAAAGUGAAAAAAUAAAGGAAAUGAAAAAGAAAAUUGGAAAGAAGAGGAUAGGAAACUGUAAAGCAAGCAAACAAUGGUGAAAGAUGCACGAAUUUCACAAAGAAUAGGGAAACCGCAUUAAACAAGCAAAAAAAAAAACAAAGUAAAGCAAGAAAGUGAACUCGAAGUUCCUUAAAAUGGAUGACACAAGCUAAGAUAGAACAUAUAUUAAAGAGAAAACCAUGAAAAAAUAACAAAACAAAUAGAAUCGAACAGAUAAAACCUGCAAAUGAAGCAAAGCAAAAGUAAUUUCUUGGGUUGCCAACAAUUGCCUAUCUGUUACACUGGUGUCCAGUUCCAUCGUUUUAUUUUAUUUUUUGUUUUUCCUAUUAUUAUCCGUUUUUGAUGGAAGAUACUUCCAAUCACGGUACGUUUUUGGUGUGAGGUUAAACUUCUCUUUUUGAUUUUUUUUAUUAUUAUUAUGAAAUGGCAAACAAAUUACAAGCAAAUCAAGCAAAAAGAUGCACAACGAUGGAACGCAUACCUUUAUAACAGAAACCAGGUCUGGUAGGGUGAUUGGAACGCCUUUUGGACCGUACUUUCUGCUUCCAUUUCUGCAAUAAUCAAUCAACACUUUGGAUAAAGAAUAACAUUUCAUCCUCUCCCUCCCGCAAAUGUUUCACCACAAGCAAUUAGAGAGACAGUAUUGUGCUGAUAGUGACAAUAUAUUUAUAGGUUUUUUUUUGUAGACAGUAAAUUAUAUUGGCAGCAUGCCACGACAAGCGUCGAAAGCACAGGCACGAACGGAAUUUGUGGUGAUAAAGCGAGAACAAAUAUGCUUAUUUUUUUCUGUAAAUAGAUCAUCUAUUAUUGUCUCGUUAAAACAAAAACAAAAACAAAACAAAACGGCUUGUGUGCAACCACUCCACGCAGCACAUACACUCACACACAGAGUCAGUUUCAAGCGUAAACGCGUGCUCUCUAAGACACUGCCCCAUAGGAGAAGGCAGUAAGAAGUCAAACAGAAAAUCGAUACACAUGUAAUAAAUACGCUCCUUUUCUUUCCUUACAACUCCCUGACAUUGCCCGAAACAGGGCUUUUUUUCAUGGUUGCAACAAUAUUCAUAGCAAGUUAGGAAAAGGCCUGGGCCGAAGCUAGUUUUGCGCAGCACACGCUACUCUUUUCGUAUAUUAUCGACAAAACCGCCCUUCGCACCGUCGUGGAUGCGCGAGGGUGCGGCGUCCUCACUUAGGUCUUUACCGACAAUGUAUUUUUUUUUUUCGUCCACUUUGUCCGUUUGUGUUACUGUUAGCUGUUAGGAAUUCGAACGAAUGAACGUGUGGCGGUGGAUGGAGGUGAUCCGAUCCGAACCGUAGUGAGUGUAUUGGAGUACGAACAAUGAAAUAAAAUAAAUAUAAAAUUUUAAUCAAUAUAAAAUUAAAUCUGUUA